AUGUUGAGGAAUUGUCUGAGGAAAAUGUCUACUACAGUUCAAACUAUUAAUUAUCCACAAGAAUUUGUGAAAUUCUUAAACGAAUCUCACUCUCCGUAUCAUGCUGUCGACAAUAUCAAAACUCACUUCAAAAACAAUGGUUUCAAAGAACUAAUUGAACGUGAAUCUUGGGAUGACAAAGUUUUAAAAAGAGGGAAAUAUUUUGUCACAAGAAAUAACUCUUCAAUUAUUGCAUUUGUCGUCGGGGGUAAAUGGGCACCUGGGAAUCCAAUUGCAAUUACUGGUGCUCAUACAGAUUCUCCAACUUUGAGAAUUAAACCUAUCUCUAAAAGAACGAAUGAAAAAUAUUUACAAAUUGGAGUGGAAUGUUAUGGUGGUGGAAUUUGGCAUUCUUGGUUUGAUUCAGAUUUGUCAAUUGCUGGUAGAGUUUUGGUUUUCGAUAAAAAAUCUGAUAAAGUGGUUUCAAAAUUAAUUGAUUUGAAUAAACCGCUGUUGAAAAUUCCCACUUUAGCUAUUCAUUUAGAUAGAGACGUGAAUCAAAAAUUUGAAUUCAAUAAAGAAUCUCAAUUAUUGCCAAUUGCUGGAUUAACAAUAGAUAGUGAAAAGAAAGGCGAAAAUAACGAUAAAGAAGACAUUCACAACCAUGACGAUAAGUUAUCGAAUGAAGAAUUUUCUUCAAUUAAGUCUAUCAUUGAAAGACAUCAUGAACAAUUAUUGGAUUUAAUUGCCGAAGAACUAUCUCUUGAAUCAGUCUCAGAUAUUGAGGACUUUGAGCUAGUCUUAUACGAUAACAAUAAAUCAACUCUAGGUGGUAUCAAUGAUGAAUUCGUCUUCUCAGGUAGAUUGGACAAUUUGAUAUCUUGUUUCACCUCAAUGUAUGCAUUAUCAUUAGCCACUGAGACUAGAAUCGAAGAAGAAACUGGUAUAAGAUUAAUGGCUACUUUUGAUCAUGAAGAAAUUGGAUCUUCCUCAGCUCAAGGUGCAGAUUCCAAUUUCUUACCUAAUAUCUUAGAAAGACUAAACUUCCUAAAAUGUGACGGUACCGAUUCUUCUGCUCCACUUCUUAAGUCAUUAAUUUUAGAAUCUUCAGCAAAAUCUUUCUUCUUAUCUAGUGAUGUCGCUCAUGCUGUGCAUCCAAAUUAUGCCAGUAAGUAUGAAUCUCAACAUAAACCUUAUGUUGGAGCUGGUCCAGUAAUUAAAAUUAAUGCGAACCAAAGGUACAUGACCAAUUCACCAGGUUUAGUCUUAAUUAAAAGAAUGGCUGAUAAGGUUAAAGUACCAUUACAAUUGUUUGUUGUUGCCAAUGAUUCGUCCUGUGGUAGUACCAUUGGCCCAAUCUUAGCUUCCAAGACAGGUAUCAGAACUUUAGAUAUUGGUAAUCCAAUAUUAAGUAUGCAUUCUAUUAGGGAAACAGGUGGGGCGGCGGAUCUUGAAUUACAAAUCAAAUUAUUUAGAGAGUUUUUCGAGGCAUAUUCGUUUACUGAAUCCAAUGUUGUCGUCUAA